GGGGGUCCGGCGCCCGCCGCUCCGCCUGAGGGCCCGAGACCUGUCGCUCCAUCUGGGGGUCCGGCGCCCGCCGCUCCGCCUGAGGGCCCGAGACCUGUAGAUCCGCCUGGGGGUCCGGCGCCCGCCGCUCCGCCCGGGGCCCGAGGCCUGUCGCCCCGCCCGGGGGCCGAGGCCUGUCGCCCCGCCCGGGGGCCCGGUGCCUGUCGCCCCGCUCGGGGGCCCGGUGCCUGUCGCCCCGCCCGGGGGCCGGUGCCUGUCGCCCCCGCCCGGGGGCCCGGUGCCUGCCGCUCCGCCCGGUGGCCCGAUGUGCCUCUGCCCGGAGUCCGGCCCGAUCCCGGUGUGCCUCUGCCCGGUGUGCCUCUGCCCGGUGUGCCUCUGCCCGGAGUCCAGCCCGAUGUGCCUCUGCCCGGAGUCCAGCCCGAUGUGCCUCUGCCCGGAGUC